CAGCAAUUACAGUCUUACUUGCAGACUAGUCUGCAGUCCCCAAUCCCCAGCUCGAUCAUCAUUUCUUAGCAAUCAUCAAUGGCGGAAACAUUCUUGGCCGACAUCACUGAAAACGUGUUAUCAAAGAUCGUUUCUCUUGCUCAAGAUGAGAUCAGUUUAGCCUGGAACUUAAAGCCAGAGCUGAAGAAACUGCACAACACUUUAUCCACCAUUAAAGCUGUGCUGCGCGAUGCUGAUGAACAGCAGGCAAAGAAUCAUGAGGUCAAAGAUUGGCUACAAAAGCUCAGAGAUGUUGUUUAUGAUGCUGAUGACUUGCUAGACGACUUUGGGACACUGAUUUUACUGCGAAACUUGCGUUCUUGCAGCGGUAUCUUCACAAAGGUACGCAAAUUCUUUACACGCCCAGAUGGCCUUAUAUAUCGAUUCAAGAUUACCCAUAAGAUUAGAGAGAUUAGAGGGAGGUUAAAUCAGAUUUCUGAGGAUAGGAGAAACUUUCACUUUAAGGAAAAUUAUAAUGUUAACCCGUUAGAGAAUGGAAACUUCAGAGAACAAACUCACUCUUUUGUGAGGCCCUCUGAUAUUAUUGGUAGAGACAAUGAUAAGGAAUCCAUUGUGGGAAUGCUUAUCAAGUCUUGUUGUGGUGAAGACGACACAGAAACUGUUUCGUUUCUUCCCAUUGUUGGACUUGGAGGUCUUGGUAAAACCACACUGGUUAAAUUGGUGUACAACGAUGAUCGAGUAGUUAAGAAUUUUGAUAUGAGGUUGUGGGUUAGUGUUUCUGAGGAUUUUAGUCUAAGCAAGGUGAUUGAGAAGAUUCUAAGGUCAGCAACCGGGAAGAGUUUUGGGCACUUAGAUAUGGACCAAUUGCAAGAGCAAUUAAAUCGCGUUUUGUGCUCUGGAAGGUAUUUACUUGUUCUUGAUGAUGUGUGGAAUGAAGAUCAACACAAAUGGAAGGAUUUACGGGAGUUAUUGAUGAGAGGCUGUGAAGGAAGUAGAGUGAUUGUUACUACCCGAAGCAUAAAGGUAGCCAGAAUAACUGGCACAACCACUGCAUACAAUUUGAGUGGUCUUUCUGAUCAUGAUUGCUUCGAUUUAUUCUUGAAGUGUGCAUUUAGAGAUCAGGAAUAUAGGCCUCGUAACUUGGUAGAAAUAGGGCAAGAAAUUGUGCAGAAAUGUUGGGGAGUUCCUUUAGCUGUGAAGACCUUGGGGAGUAUGUUGUAUUGUAAGACAGAUGAACAAGAGUGGGUCCAUAUCAGGGAUAACGAGAUAUGGAGAAUUGAACAGAAAGAAACUGACAUUUUACCAAUACUGAAGUUAAGUUAUGAUCAGAUGCCAUACCAUUUAAGGCAGUGCUUUGCAUAUUGCAGUAUGUUCCCAAAAGGCGAAGAAAUUCCCAGGGAAGUUUUCAUCAACCUCUGGGUUGCGCAGGGAUUUAUACAGUCACCAGACGGGGACCGGGAGCUGGAAAAUCUUGGUAAUCAGUACUUCAACGAGUUACUCUCAAGAUUCUGCUUUCAAGAUGUAGUAGAAGCCUUUGAUGGAGAAAUUUUGGCUUGUAAAAUUCAUAAUCUUGUACAUGAUCUUGCACAGUCUGUGGCUGGUGCAGAAUGCUUAAACGUGAAGUCUGGUGAUCCAGAGAUUCCCGAAAGUGUACACCACCUCUUUUUCCAUGCAGACAAUCUAUCUCGAGAAGAAUUUCCCCAACCCUUGCUUAAUCUCAAGAACCUGAGGUAUUUCGCUUACUCAUUUCGAGUCGGGCCUGUCAGCAAGACCUUUGUCAAGAAGACCUUGUUGAACUUCAGGCGUUUGCGUGUCCUAAUGCUGCAAAACCUGGAGCUCGAGGAAUUGCCAAGCUCGAUAGGCUUCUUGAAACAGUUGAGGUAUCUUAACCUUAGCAACAACUGCAACAUCAAGUCUCUUCCCGAGUGUAUUUGCAAGCUAGUGAAUUUGCAGACGCUGAACCUCAUAAACUGUGAGCAACUUAAAGAGCUUCCUAGGAACUUCGGGCAACAACUGAUGAGCUUGAAAACUCUCUACUUAACUUCCCAAGAGAUAUCUCUGCAGAAAAACAGCAGCAUUUCCCUCGGUUUUCUGCAGUUCCUGCUGCUUUACAAAUGCUCUUGCAGGAAAUUCCCAACAGAAUUAUGGCAGCACAUGAAGAAACUGAGAGUCUUGCGAAUCUAUGAAUGCUCGUCGCUGACUUUUCUUCCAGCCAGUAUCAGGCAUUUGGCUAAACUAGAAAAACUGUGGAUUUGGAACUGUGAAGAAUUGGAUUUAUCUGUUGGGGAGGGGAUGGAAGGACUUGAAAGCCUACAGUCACUGCUUCUAAUGGGACUGCCUAAACUGGUGUCACUGCCUUCUGGACUUAAAGACAUAGAUGCAAUGAAGCUCAAAUACCUGAGAGUCGCGGGUUGUCCCAAAUUGACUGCAUUGCCGGAUUGGCUGCAAAAUUGUACCUUGCUGCAGAGGUUGUAUAUAGAGGAUUGCCAAGAACUGUCAUAUCUACCAGAACAGAUAUGCAGCAGCAGUAAUGCCAAGGUUCGUAUUAUCGAUUGUCCCCUUCUAAAUGGAUGAUGUGCAGUGGAGAUAUAGGUACAAGGUUGUCUUGGUCCAGUUGAAAGAUUUUCUUGUAUCAACCUAGGGAGGAUUGUUUGUCUCUAAAACUUCCCCAUGUUUGGAUUCUUGUACCAAAA